GUUCAUUGCAUGCGGAAGUAGCAUGUAGUUCGUUUUAUGGAUGUAUGUCAAAUUGUCUUCUCUGUAGUGUAUGGCUCGUCUUAAAUCAGUACAAUACGCUUGCUGUGUUUUUACCUGGGGGUUAAUUAAUUUUUGCUUCGCUGUCUCUCUGCACCAAUGACCACCAUUGUCCAUGAUACUACAGAGGCAGUGUGCCUCUCUGCUGGGUACAACCUGUAUCUCAAGCCUAUUGCCAAAAUGACCGUCAGCGUGGCUUUGCCCCAGCUCAAGCUGCCAGGCAAAAGCAUCUCCAACUGGGAGGUAAUGGAGAGGGUGAAGGCCAUGGUGGCUCCGGAGCAGUUUUCAGCCCUGCGAAUCUCCAAGAGCACCAUGGACUUCAUCCGCUUUGAGGGUGAAGUAGAAAACAAGACAGUAGUCAAGAGCCUGUUGGGUCGUUUGGAUGGCAAGAGCAUCAAACUCAGUGGCUUUACUGAUGUACUGAAGGUUCGUGCAGUGGAAAAUAAAGUGGACUUCCCGACACGCCACGACUGGGACUCCUUUUUCCGUGAUGCCAAGGACAUGAAUGAGACGCUGCCAGGUGAGAGGCCCGACACCAUCCACCUAGAAGGACUUCCUUGCCGCUGGUUCAGUCAGAAGGACAGCCAGUACCCAGAUCGGCCCUCAGAAGAAGUCCUCAUUGCAGUUUUUCAGACAUUUGGCAAGGUGCGAAAUGUUGACAUCCCCAUGCUGGACCCAUAUAGGGAGGAGAUGAUGGGCAAGAACUUCAGCACAUUCAGCUUUGGGGGCCAUCUGAACUUUGAGGCGUAUGUCCAGUAUCAGGAAUACUGUGGCUUCACAAAAGCCAUGGACACACUGCGCGGCAUGAAACUGAUGCUGAAAGGAGAUGACGGAAAAGCAGUAGCCUGCAACAUCAAGGUGACCUUUGACACAAGCAAGCACCUUGGCGAUACUUCUGUGAAGAAGAGAAACUUAGAGAGGCUGAAGUUACAGGAGCUGGAGAGGCAGAGAGAGGAGCAGAAACAACGGGAGAAGGAAGAGGAGGAGCGGCGGAAGGAGGAAGAGAGGAAACAGAAGGAACUAGAAGAGGAGGAGAAGGAGAGGAAGAAGGAGGAAAGAUUACGGAAGCGAGAGCAGAAGUUGCGAGAGAGGGAGGAGCGGCGGAAUCUGAAGAAGAUGAGGCGUCAACAGGAGGAGGAGCAGAAGAAACUGCAGAUGAAGAUUGCCUUGGAGGAGAGGAGGCUGCUGCUGGCUCAACGCAACUUGGAAUCGAUACGGCUCAUUGCUGAGCUGCUGGCCAGAGCUAAGGCACUGAAACAGGAGCAGCAGAAGAAAGAGAGGGCUGAGCGCGAGGAGCAGGAGAGAAAGGAGAAGGCUCGACAGGAGGAGGAGUUGGCCCGUCUUCAGCAGUUGGAGGCCUGUCGACGCAAGCAGGAGGAAGAGCUGCGGAGGGUGGAGGUGGAGAAAGAGCGAGCACUGGAGCUCCAGCGGAGAGAGAAGGAGCUCAGGGAGCGGCUGCUUUCCAACUUGUUGAAGAACAGCGGCAAAACUACAGGACCUGCAGGCAUGCAGGACCAGGGUGGCACUGGAGUGAGUGAGGAUGCCUGUAAUCCAGACGAUGUGAUACAAGGGGUCCUGAGCGGGGUGAAUGGCUUGAAGGCAGCUGAAAGCAGAGAAAAGCAGAUGUCCAAAUCUAGUGCACACUCCCAGGUUUUGGGAAAGAAUAAAACAGUUGAAGAGAGGAGAGGAGGGGAGGACAGAAAAAUGGACCGGGAGGGAAGGAGGGAAGAGGUGUUUAGCAGCAAGCGCAGCAGGGAACGAGCAAGGGACCGCUCCCACAGAGAAAGGAGCUCGCACAGCCGGGGAAGGAGGCGCCGCUCACACAGCAGAAGGAGAAGGAGCUCCAGCCACCAAAGGAGGAGCUACAGUCAUCAUAGGGACAGGAGGAGAUGUAGCCACAGCCAGUGCAGCAGGAGCACAAGCUCCAGCAGAGACAGGAGUUGGAGCAGCAGUGGGAGGAGUUACAGCAGAGGGAGGAGCCACAGGCGGCGUCAUCGCAGAGGCAGCGCCAGGAGCAGUGACAGAAGCAGGGACCGGAGGAGUCACAGUCAUUACAAUCGAAGAUACAGGAGACACAGUGACAACAGGGACAGGAGCCACUCCAGACGGCGAUAAACUCAUGGACGAUAGUAAUCGUUUUAUUGAUUUGUAGUGACCAUUUCUGGACUUACAUUUCAAACGAUCAGAUAUUUUUGGUUCUUCGGUUAGGUGAAGUACUUCCAGCUCUACAACUAUUUGCGUUGUUGCAGUUGAUUUUUACCCAUUUAGUUUCUUCUCUCACACAGGUCACAUUCUUAGAUUGAUGCUGCUGACAACUUAAAUUUUCACCAGAAUUAGUGUAUGUUAACACAGAAGUUUGUGACACAAAAUAUAAAAUUUAGUAAAUUCCCCCAACCAGGAAAAUUAUUUCUGUGUGAAAUAAAGUGUAUAAACUGGACUGAAGUACAGUAAAACAUAUUUCUUAAAAAAAAAAAAAGAAAAUGAGUUUUAAAGCUUUUUUUAUUAGAAGAAGAAAACAGUGACUGGACAAAUUUAAGUUGACGGCUAAUCCGGGUUGACAGGUUGUAGAAACACCAGUCUGAUCUUGCAUUAAAACACAAACACGCUUCAAUUUGUAAAUGUCUGAAGAACCAGUGAGUUACAGAAAGUUCAGACAUGUUUAUUAGUCUUUGUCCAGAUUUGUAGCCUGAUUUUAGAAAAUAAGACACAACAUUCUAUAUGCAAUUUACAUAAGGUUUGUUCUAACACGCACUUGCAUGUUACAAUAGUUACAGAAAACUUUAAAGGUGACUACUGGGCCACAACAAACGCCUGCUGCUCCAUUACAAAAAAUUUUAAAAAAAUCCAUAAACUAUGAGACACGUACCUCUGUUUUAAGACCAUAAGGCACAGUGACGGGUUUUAAUCAUAGCUUUUUCUUUAAAUACUGCUUCAGUAUUGGCUUUCUUGUGUAUAAAAGUUCAGACAAAAAACAAACUGUAAUGGACUCUGUAGACCUUGAAUAACAGCAGCAUCUGUGGUGAUCAUAGUUUUAGUUGAAUUAUAUUUGUGUACAAUUCAAAGAAUAUUUUUCAUUUGGAUGUUGUUGAAUGAAGUGAUUUGAUUUGUUUGAAGGCUUAUUGAUGUAUUAGAACCAACUCUGCAAGUGGUGUACUUGCUCUUUGCACAGUCAAAUGUAGCUCUAGAGUGCAAGUGAUUGAUUUGAGGUUUGUUUAGUUUCUUCAAGCCUUCUAAAUUCUUUGACAAAGCAGCUUCUGGGAUUCAAGUCAAAGCAGCACAUGGUAGUAGUGAAAAUGAGAUGUGAGGAUGUUUCUUUUGCUUUUACAGACACGCUGUAGUGACAGGUACGUUUCUUUAACCUUACUAGUUACUGUACAGACUGUUGACUUUUACUUGCUCAGAGGGAGACCAUCCGAGUUUUGCCGACACUUCUACCUUGACUUUGUGUCAAAGCCCAUUUGUUGUGUAUGUGCUCAUGAUCCACUAGAGCAUGUCUUGCAUACAUUGCAAGUUGUUUAAAAUAAAAAUUCAAGCUGA